UCGGCAGUAGCGCGCCGGAGGCUCCCCCUUGGCUGGUACGGUACCUGCUGCUUUAGCUUCUCGGGUGGGUUGAGUGCCGGCGUACUCGUAGCUCGGGCCCGCCUUCUGUGGGGGGCGGACGUGAAUCACCCGCGCUAGCAGAGCUUAGGCAAGGCGGGUGGCGGAAGCAGCCGCCGGAGAGCGAGCGAGCGAGCGCCGGGCUCCCCCCCCCCUCUUGUUCUUUCCUGCCGCUGAAAUCUGGAAGUGGAGCUUGGGGAGGGAGGCAGAAGCGGCCUUUCCUCGCUUGGGAGAAGACGCCCGACCCACGCCCCUAGGCAGGCAGCUAGAGAGACGGUCCUCGCUCGGGUUUCCGUCCCCCUCGCCCCUCCCAGCGCGUGGCUGAUGUGCACGAAGAUGGAGCAGCCUUUCUAUCCUGACUCCUUUCUCUCCGGCUACGGGCAGGACUACAAGACGCUGAAGUCGGGCAUGGCUCUCAACUUGUCAGCCGAGCCUUUCCGCGGCCUGAAGUCCCAGCUCCCGCCUCACCUCCGCGGCCAAGAGGACGGCCCCGCCGGUUACUUCGCGGCCUCUCUCCAGCAGCAGCAGCAGCAGGCGGCCGAGAGCGCGAGCUCCUCGCUCAAGUUGGCCGCCCCGGAGCUGGAGCGCCUCAUCGUCCAGCACAGCCACGGCGUGAUCACCACCACUCCCACGCCGCCGGGCCAGUACUAUUACCCGCGCGGCGCCACGGAGGAGCAGGAGGGCUUCGCAGACGGCUUCGUCAAGGCGCUGGACGACCUGCACAAGAUGAACCACAUGCCGCCCCCCAACGUCUCCCUCGGGGCGGCGACGGCGGCCUCGGCCAGCGGUGGCUACGGCGGGGCUUCCCUGCCCCAGGAGCCGCCGCCCGUCUACACCAACCUGACCAGCUACAACCCCGCCGGCUCCCUGAGCGGCUCGGCCGGCUUCCCCAGCGCCAACCUCAGCUACCUGCCGCAGUCCCACGCCCUGGCCUUGUCGCACCCGAGCCGGAGCUUCAAAGAGGAGCCCCAGACGGUGCCGGAUGUGCAGAGCCCGCCCGUGUCGCCCAUUAACAUGGAAGACCAGGAGCGCAUCAAGGUGGAGAGGAAGCGGCUACGCAACCGUCUGGCCGCCACCAAGUGCCGGAAGAGGAAGCUGGAGCGCAUCGCUCGGCUGGAGGAGAAGGUGAAGACCUUGAAGAGCGAGAACGCGGGACUCUCCAACACGGCCAGCGCGCUCCGGGACCAGGUGGCGCAGCUGAAGCAGAAAGUCAUGAACCACGUGAACAACGGCUGCCAGCUCCUCAUGACGGCCAAGAUGCAGCAGUCGUUCUGAGGGGGACCCGGCCCAGAUACCC